AUGAAGUCAUUCGAAUUAGCCAAAGAGUCUUCUCCCCUUUCUCUAACUCCCAAAUUCAUCUUUCCAGAAAGCAAAAGACCAAACCUCUCAGAGGUUAAAUCUCUAGACUCAAUCCCCAUAAUUGAUUUGAGUUACUGUCAUGACAAGAACCACUCAUCCUUGGAAGUGAUUCACAAGAUUUCAAAGGCUUGUGAGGAAUUUGGUUUCUUUCAAAUAGUGAACCAUGGUGUUCCUCAACAAGCUUGCCAUAAAAUGAUGAAAGCAAUUACUGACUUUUUUGAACUGCCAUCAGAGGAAAGAGAGAGUCUCUAUUCAACAGAUCAUACCAAGAGUGUAAGAUUGCUCAACUAUUACCUUAAAGUGGAAGAUGGAGAAAAAGUCAAGUGCUGGAGUGAAUGUUUUAGUCAUCCAUGGUAUCUUAUUGAUGAUACAGUUUCUCUUCUACCAGAAAAAAUUAGAACUCAAUACAGAGAAGCUUUAACUGAAUAUGCAAAGGAGAUUGGUUCAUUGGUGAGAAGGCUAUUAGGUUUGAUAUCAAUAGGACUUGGCUUAGAGGAGGAUUGUUUGUUGAAGAAGUUAGGUGAACAGCCUAGACAAAGAGCACAGGCGAACUUCUAUCCACCGUGUCCAGAUCCGGAGUUAACCAUGGGUCUAACCGAGCAUACUGAUUUCAAUGCUCUCACUGUGGUAUUGCAAUCAGAAAUUUCUGGUCUACAAGUUAACAAAGAUGGAAAAUGGAUUUCUGUACCUUUUAUUCCUAAUGCUUUUGUCAUUAAUCUAGCCGAUCAAAUUCAGGUUCUGAGCAAUGGAAGAUACAAGAGUGUACUUCAUAGGGCUGUAACUAACAAUGUGAGUCCACGACUGUCGAUGGCGAUGUUUUUUGGACCAAACGUAGACACCACGAUUGGUCCAAUUCAAGAACUUAUAGAUGAAGAACAUCCUCCCAAGUAUAGAAAUUAUCGUUUCUCGGAGUUUCUUGAAGAAUUCUUCAACCAAGAAGGAUCAAAGAGGAUGGUGAAGGAAGCCUUUGAAUUGCCACAUGAAAAUUCAUAA